AUGGCUUCCCGAUCUCCAAAAUUCACCACAACCUACAGCGCUAUCCUCUGCUUCAUCGCAUUCUCUCCAAUUGUAGCAAUGGCGUCGGUGCACGACCUCCUCCCGCUGUAUAAGCUCCCGAAAGGUCUCCUGCCUAGAGAAAUCGACUCCUGCUGCCUCUCCAACAAGGACGAUUCGUUCACGAUGGAGCUCGGAAAGCACCCCUGCUACGUCAGGUUCAGCGUCGGCGAGCAGCAGCAGUUGGUGUUCUUCGACAGGAAGGUGAAGGGAAAAUUAGGGUUAGGGAAGGUGAGGGAAGUUUCUGGAAUAAUGGCGAAGAAAUUCAUGGUUUGGGUGAAUGUGAGCGGCAUCGACGUCGAUGAAGAGAAUGGAAUGCUCGAAUUUCACGUCGGACCGUUCUCGCAGAAAUUCCCGGCGGAGGAUUUUCAGGUGAUUCAUAACUGCAGUAGCGACGCCGCCAUUCGUCUACCAUUUUCUUCUCUUCUUCAACCUGCAGCUCUUGGUUGA